AUGAUAAAAUCUAUUAUAUUGAUCAUUGGAAUAUUGAUUCUUUUUAUUACAAUCGAUCAUUGCCAUGCAUGGAACGAUACAGAUUCAACUGAAAAUGCAACUCUAAUAAUUCCACCAAAACCAUUUGUUUAUUAUGGACGUUAUCAUCAACGACGUGUUCGUCGUGAAUAUUCAUAUAAUGAUAAUAAUAUAACAUCGGAUCAUGAAACAAUGGCAACCAUUCUUUCAAUUCUUCCACUCGAUCGUAUAGGUGCUAUUAUUGGUCAAAUUAUAGCAACAGGUGUUAAAGAAAUGCUAAAUCCAAAUAUUGGCAAAAAAAUUGUUAAUGUUCUUGAAAAUCAAGCACCAUCAUUAGUAACAUCAUUGUUUACUAAUCUUUACAGUACUUUACGUGCUCCAGUACGACCAGUAACAAGUAAUACUACAAUAAUAAUCAAUAGGAAUGCUAGUAAACAAUUGCGUAAUAGUUCAACAUCAUCAUUAAUUAAUACAAUGAGACGUAUGGGAACCAAGUAA